UCUGGCCGCCAUGUUGUUGGUGGGGUGGAGGGGGAUCUAUUUCCGGGUCAUGUUGGAGAGCCGAGCGGGCGGAUCAGACCCGAGCAAUGGAUGGCGGAGAGAUGGCGCUGCUGUGUCUGAUCCUUCUGGGGGCCCUGAGCGUCCAGGGGGAGGGGCAGACGGGGGAUCCUCGCUGGUUUUCUUAUCUCCAUCGUAUCCAGAAGAGGGUGGAGAGCCACGCCCCUUGUCACAAUGACACCUGCUAUGAAUGGGUCACCCAGCAGGAUUUGGCUCCGUUCCGCUCCGGGAUUUCUCGGGAUCUGAUGAAAAAUCUUAUCAGUCGGAAGUUGGGGACCCACUACCAGAUCAUCAACCACCGGCUGUACCGCGAGGAGGAGUGCAUGUUCCCGGCACGAUGUAGCGGGGUGGAGCACUUUUUCCUGGAGCUUCUCCCGGAUCUCCCAGACAUGGAGAUGGUGAUAAAUGUGAGGGAUUAUCCUCAGGUUCCUCAUUGGAUGACUCCGGUUAUUCCCGUCUUCUCGUUUAGUAAGACAUCAGAUUACCGAGACAUCAUGUACCCCGCCUGGACGUUUUGGGAAGGCGGCCCUGCUGUGUGGCCCAUCUACCCCACCGGACUGGGACGCUGGGACCUGAUGAGGGAGGAUCUAAUGCAGUCAGCCAGGCGUUGGCCCUGGGAGGAGAAGAUCUCCAAAGGAUAUUUCCGAGGCUCCAG